ACUGAUUGCAGCUAACCUAGCAACGAGCAUCCGCCGAACAUGACGGACGACUUAGAUGAUUUGUUAGACGAAGUGGAAUUAAGGUUUUGCCGUGAUGUUUCCGAAAUUUCAGUGACCUCUUCUACUUAUAAAGAGGACAGAGCUCACUCAUCUGGGAGCAAAAAGAAACCAGAAAGGAAAAGCGGAACGAACGGUUCCGGUAAAUCGGGAUUGUCAAAUGGAGGUGCCGAGGAAGAAGAUAUAGACGCAUUCCUAGAUGACAUAUUGGACAACGACUUCGAUUCCCUAAGUUUAGAUGAGCCCAAAGUGGUCAAGCACGACGUGAAGAAUCCACCGUGUUCUCCAGCAAAUAGAAAAUGCUGCCCUGUCUUCUUGGGUGGAAGCUCAGUAGGAACCGGCCUGGGAACCAGUACUUCUCAAAGGGCGUGCAACCAGUUGCGCUGCACUUCCUGCGAUUUCCGUGUGACCAUGUUUGACGAUUAUGAGUGGGACCCAUCCUGCGAUUACCUCUUCUUCAGGAACAAUAUGCCCAGCCGUGAGCGGCUGCACAGCAAGCUGAGGAGGAGGAGGGGGGCGCGGGCGUAUGCCUGCCAGUGCAGCUGGCGCUCAGCACUGCACCUCACACACCUGAGGGACGAAGCCCGCCUGAAGUGGGUCUGUGGGAAACACCAGGUCUGAAGCUCCUGCUCCAGCUGUGAUCCCCAUGUAUUUCUUGGUAUUUUUGGUCAUUUAAUAACAGUUUUUUAAGAUAUCUUCCAAGUGUGUAUGUGCGUGUUUAUAUGUCUUUUAUAUACACAUACAUGCGUGUCUGUGUAUUUGCCGAUAUUGAAUAAGGUUCUGCCUGUGUGGCCCUCUCUUUUGGCCACGCCUCCUAAUCAUCCAGGGUUUGGGGUGGAAUAAUGAGCCACUGAUGUUUAUCGCAGUGGGAUCCUAUGCAGUAUUCUGGCCAAUCUGUUACUUUGUGUUCUCACCCUUUUUUUUUUUAAUUGACAAAUUUGGAAGCAUAGUAAUACUGGGCGCCCCUUGAAAUCUACCAGGGGAACACUGUUCUCUGCAGAGUGCCGUUCUGUGGGCUGGAGCGGAGACCUCUGCGAAGGGACCUGUAUUGUUCUCUUCACAGCAGCUGUCAGGACGCUGGCAAGAUGGGUGAGAUGCUGGAUCUGGGCAGUAAACACAGGGGAUCCCCGACACGCACCUGUCAGGGCUCUUACACUGUCAUGCUUAAUGGUAUCCUUGUGUCACACAACACUCUCUUCAGUCAUCGAUGUUAUUCAGCUUUUCAAACUGGCCAUAUAAUAUUCUCCAGUAUCUGCUGGUGUUGGCUGUCUGUCCUGCAGUGGAGAAGCUUCGGAUUGAGAAAAGCACAAUUUAACUAAUGGAGUCAUAUUGAAUUUGCAUUUGUAUGUGAAAUAUGAAACUCACAUAGACAUAUCGAUGCGGUUACUUUGCAUGAGAACUUGGUUUAUUUAUAUGUACAUGGUCAUUUAACAAAUGCGUGUGUGGCUGGUCAUUGUAAUUUUCAGAUGGAUGUUUAAUCCUUGCCAUCAGAAUGUUUAUCUCUGGCCGCUAUUGGCUGCUUUGACUUCAAGGCCCAGAUUACCCUGCUGGUUCUGCCUUAACUGCUAUACCAAAGCCCUCUGCUUCAUUCUGUAUGUGUUUCUUCCGCCUUUCAAGGGUCAUAUUAUGUGAGAGAAGUACGAUUUUCUCAUCGUUGUAACAUAGAUUGUAACACUGGGUGUAUGUCGUCCUCAUGCCCUCUGCUGCCUGGGAUAGGCUCAAGGCCUUCAUGUGACCCUGACCAGGAUAAGUGGAUGGAUGUAUGGAUGGAUGUAUGGAUGGAUGGAUAGAUGGACGGACAGACGGACGCUGUAACAGAUAAUUACAAAAAUUACAUUUUUGUACUUAGACCUGAAAAGGAAGCUAAUUUUAAUAAAAGCUUUGAUUGCUUUGAAGAAAAUUAGAAGAUUCCAAAAUACUGAACUAUGAGUACUUGUAUUGCUUUCUAGAAUGUUCUAAAGUGUAGCUGUGUUCAUGCUUACUUCUGUGUGUCUGGUAUGAAAUGUCACAAAUGCUUAUUUUUUUACACAGCAGGAAUGAUCUCUGUCAGGAAUGAUGUGUAACAAACAAAUAAAUCAUGAAACACA